AACCGCGUAAGAAAAAUAUAUGUAUUCGUAACAGCCGCGAUGAUAGUAGUGGUGAACUGCAGCGAUGACCGAUGAUCGGUUACAUCGCGCGGUUAAACAGAGACUACUCUUCAGAGACUACUUUCAGACGAUUUCUUCAGAGUUAACCAGUAUCAGUGUGCAUGAUAUAUAUCGUCAUAUUUUGCAUUGUGUCUUGAAUAUUGCGUAUUGUGGCUAUUUUUAUAUAAAAUUGCUGUCUGAAAUUGCGUGAGAAGAAAUUUGUAAAAAUGGGAAAGGGAUUUAAUAAUUACAUGUGCAAAAAGUUUUUUCAUCCGGCGUCACGAGACAAUUUGAAGCGAGUAUGGAUGGCGGAGCAGCAAGCGGAGGCUUACAAGAAAAAGCAGGAGGAACUGCGAGUGCAGUACGAAAAAGAACAGGAUCUUCAUAAUAACAAAGCGCUGCUUAGCAAAGAGAGCAAGGAUAAACUUAGUGUCAAUUUUAUGUAUGAACCACCUCCUGGUGCAAAGAAAGAACGGGAGAAGGAAGACAACGAGCCUGAAUAUAAGUUUGAAUGGCAGCGCAAGUAUAAUGCUCCAAGAGAAAGUUACUGCAAGGGAGAUAGCGAAAUUCGAGAUCAACCCUUUGGCAUACAAGUGAGGAAUGUACGGUGUAUCAAAUGUCACAAAUGGGGACACAUAAAUACAGAUAAGGAGUGCCCCUUGUACAGUCAAGCAAUGAGCGUCGUAAUGGCAAAUAAUAAUUCGCAGACACCAUCUGCUCCAGAUGCUAUGACGCUAGUACAGCAGAUGCGAGAAGAUGGUUUGGCUCUGAAAAAAUCUGCAUUGGAUGCACAACAACAUUUACGAGUUCCAGAACACGAACAUCUUAUGGUAUCUGAAGAUGAGGAGCAGUCAGAGCUGUCGUUUCUAAAAUCUCUGUCAAAGAAAGAAAAAAAAAGAUUGUUACUGAAAUUACAGUUACUAGAGAAGAAAAAUCGUAAAAAAGAUAAAAGAAAAUUGAAAAAGAAAAAGAGCAACAAUAGAAAGUGUAGCAGUACUAGCAGUAAUAUUAAUAGCAGCAGUAGCAGUAGUACUAGUAGUAGUAAUAGUAGUAGUAGUAGUAGUAAUAGUGAUAGUGAUAGCAAUAGCGAUAGUAGCAGCAGCAGCAACAUUGACUCGAAAAAUUUCCAUUCCAAGAAGGACAGAAAGAAAAGGAAAAAAGUCCACUCGAAAGAGAAGCAUAUUUACAAGCAUAAAAGGAAACACAAGUAUAAGGAGAUAAAUGGCAAUGCUAAACAUGAUAAAGAUAAGGAUCGUUACAAUAGGAAAAGAAAAGUUAAAUACGAAGAUAAAGAGAGAGACAAUUCCAGACACAAUAAAAUACAGAAAAAGCAUUAUUAAUAAGCACUUAAACAAUAUUCGUAAAAUGUGGAUAUAUUUAUCAUUUAUGAAUCUAAUAAUAAUAAUAAUAAUAAUAAACAUUGUUUAAGAAUGCAUUUUGCAAUUUAAUUUUAUAUUGUACCUUUUCAAGACAUAAAAAUUAUCACGGAUAGAUAUGUAUAUGGAACAAUGUGUAUCAAUGGUAUGUGCAUAUUAAUAGAAUACUUGAAUUACUGUAAUUUAUUCAAUGACAAUGAAAUAUUUCUAAUAACAAUUUGUAAUAUAAACAUUAAUUAUAUAUAAGUUUUAUAAUAGCAUGCACUUUAUUACAAAUCAAUAAAGUUAAUAUAUUAUUGGUAUUAUAUUAUCGCGCGCGCGAUAUUGUAUGUGUGUGUAAUGCAAUGUAUAUAUAUGUCUUUCGCAAAAAUGAUACAUGGGACCAUUGGCAAUGUACGUAUAAUUUGUGUGUUUGUGUGUGUGUGUGUGUGUAUAUAUAUGUGUUACACGUACACAUUAUUAGAUUUUUCUUACUUUUCUGUACGGCAUGUAUUAGAUAAGUUUUCUCACUCUAUUUUGUUUCUAACACGACUAGUAACAAUCCGUUCUUGAAUAUAUAUUUUUAUAUAUAAUGUACGAAUGUAUAUUGUAUAUGUAAUACUAGCCACGUUAGAUGGCUUUGAACACUUGGGCACUUUGAAAUCUGUGUGAUUAUUCCUCUUGUAAAUUGAUUACACUUUCAUGUGAUACAAUACAAUACUUGGAGAAAUAA